CGUGUCUCGUACGCAGUAGUAAGCAAAACUAAUGUCAGCGUGCUUACUACUUACGCUACGCACGAUACUGACCGAAAACACACCGUCUGUACUACCGUUCUAAUCUAAUAAUAGCCCUGCACCAGAUCGGUUGAAGUUACGCGUUUCCGUGAUCAUCCUAUUUUGCAGUACCCCAUCAGUAUCCAGAACAAAAACAACAAUGGCCACAAUCGAUAACGAUCCACUGUUCACAUCGCUGUGCAGCACGAAAACCCUUCAAUCCCAGCAGGAAGGCUUCUUCAAUACCUUCUACCAAACGGUAGCGGAAAAUUUCACCGGCAAAAACGAACACUGGCUGCGGGACGUGUUCGGUAAGGUCCGAUCCGGUGAUGAUUGUGCAAAGUUGCAGCUACUGUUCGACGAUCCGGUGGUUUGCUUCGAGGUUCUCGGAACGUUGGAACACGUCAAGCCGGUAUUCCGCGGUAAGGAUGCAAAGUUUAGCUGGCAGCGACGGGAACAGGCUCGGAAGCUGCUGAACGAAGGCAAAACACAGCAAGCUUUGCUGAUGGCCAGUCAAGCUGUCAUGAAAGCCCCUCCACAGGGUGUGGAUCAACAGAUCGAUCAGGGAAUGACUUUGGCUUGUGCGCUGUGGACCAGGGCCGAGGUACUUAUUCAAGCGUUGGACGGAAAGCGAGCGUUGGUGGAUCUGCAGAUGGCUGUCAAGGCUGGUUUUCCGGUGAAGGAGAAUGGGGAGUAUUACGGAAGGAUGGCAAAAUGUUAUGCUCUGAUUAACGAAUUAAAACGGGCGGAAAUAUCGGCAAAAUUGUUUCAUCAACUGUCCGGCUUCAACGAUUACGCUUUGGGACGACUUCAAGAGGAUAUUGAAGAUUUGAAAAUUCUGAAGUCGGAAGAAGUUUCCGCAAAAUCUCGAGAAACGGAAGGAAAGCUACCCGAACUGGCCGGUGGUGAAAACGCCUCUUUGAGCGGUGCUUCAGCAAAAAUCGCUCUCCGUGGGAGCCGUGAAAAUGCCGGAAAAGGUCAAUAUAUCGUGGCAUCUGAAGAUCUUAAGCCUGGUGAAACGAUUCUCGUCGAGGCGGCGUACGGUGCUUGUCUUUAUCACAAGUUUUUCGGAACUCACUGCAAUCAGUGCUUUGCUAGACUAGUCGCACCGAUGGCCUGUCCGGAAUGCUGCGGAGUUGCAUUCUGCUCACCGGAGUGUCGCGAUCGAGCUUGCUCCGGUUAUCACCGUUUCGAGUGCCAAUAUCUGGAUUUGAUGAUCGGUUCCGGAAUGUCAAUCCUAUGCCACAUGGCACUGCGUCUCGUUGCUCAAGCAGGAACACCUGAGAAGGCCAUUGAGGUCGGACAGGAAAUGCGUCAGGCUUUGUGUGCUCACUGUGAGUUUCGUGAUCAGGAAGACUACUUUCAACGAGCGUUAAUGGCCGCUUUCUUGCUACGUUGUCUUCAGAAGGCCGAAUUCUUUGGUCGUCGCAAAACGGAAGCAGCCGAGCCAACGCCAAUCGAAGCCCAGGUCGGAGGAGUCUUGCUGUUUCUACUGCAAUCGCUGCAGUUCAAUGCUCACGAAGUGUACGAAACAAAGAUCGCCGGAGAUCACCGCAUCGAUACGGCUAAGGUGCAGUACAUAGGCGUAGCCUUGUAUAAAACUGGCGCUUUGUUGAACCAUGACUGUUACCCCGGAGUGUCACGAACAUUCCUCGGAACGACAAUGGUACUGCAUACAAGCCGAUCGAUUGCCAAGGGGUCGGAUGUUCCGGAAAACUAUGGAAUGCACUUUUUACGGCAACCGAUGGCUUUGCGGCAGCGGAAUCUUCGUUCACGCUACUGGUUCAAGUGCGACUGCAAGGCGUGCUCGGAGGAUUGGCCCCUGAUGGAGAAACUGUCGGAUAAACCGAGACUUCGCUGUCCUCAACCGGGCUGCAGUAAUGUGAUCGAUUAUCCGCCAAAAAAGACCAAGGAGGCUAAAUGUUGGAAGUGCCGAAAGAAUGUUGAUCUUGAGGCGUCUAUCAAAAUACUUCAGCAGUGCGAGGAUAUUUACGCCGAGGGGGCGAAGUUGAUGGAGUCAGCCUAUUGCGACGAAUCAUCUGGAUCACAGGACGAACGCACGGCGGAAGCUGUCGGGGUGCUGAUCAAAGGAAUUGCACUGUUCAACGAGGUUGCCGUACCACCCCACAAACCGACGCACGUCGCCGAGGAAUGCCUGCGGGUUUGCUUCGCUGAUCAGGGCAGUGUGUAUCGAAUGUAAUCUUAUUUUUAACUUUUUCUUAAAAAUAUGUCUUGUUUUAUUACCUAUCACAUAUUUUAUCUAAAACUAUCAGAA